CGCAGCGGAACUGAAUUUGUUGUGAUGUUUCCGUUGCUGGGGGGGAGGAAAUGUGUGUAGGAACAGGAUGUUCCGCCGGCUUCUUAACAUGGAGGCGUCCAUGGAGAGUGAUUUCUGAAGGAGACUGGUUUCUACGUGUUUUUUGUCAGCAUGUAACCUGAGAAUCAGAUGGACUGAAGAACCAUGAGGUGUCCCCGCUGCCUCCUGUGGCUUCCAGCUUCCAGCCUGCGGGGUCAGUCCGGGAAGCUGCUCGCCGGGUCUCGAGCCCUGCUCCGGUCACCCUCCUCCAGCCAGUUUGAUGCGCAGUACCAGGUGUGGAGGCAUUUUCGCAGCAGUCCGGCAUGUCCAAAUAAUCGACCUGAACCUGCACGGUUUGUUAACGAAGACUACAAGAAGAUGGGGAAGUCUUUGGUCACCCAUGAUGACUUGUUUGAGCAGAUGGCCCGGGAGUCCAAAACCAAGGCCACGUUUAACCAGGUGAUCGAGGUCUUCAUCAAGAAAGACACCAGACGGAGAGGUCACGUGGAGUUUAUCUACGCAGCUCUGAAGAAGAUGCCAGAAUUUGGAGUGGCGAAAGACAUCACUGUGUACAACAAGAUACUGGAUGUUUUUCCCAAAGAGGUGUUUGUGCCCAGAAACUUCAUCCAGCGAAUGUUUAACCACUACCCCAGACAGCAGGAGUGUGGAGUGCAGCUGCUGGAGCAGAUGGAGAACUAUGGUGUUAUGCCCAACAUUGAGACCAAAGUCCUGCUGGUCCAGAUCUUUGGAGAGAAGGGCCAUCCAGUCAGAAAAUACCAGCGCAUCAUGUAUUGGUUCCCCAAGUUCAAGCAGAUAAACCCGUUCCCCGUCCCUGAACAGCUGCCUGAAGACCCAGUGGACCUGGCUCGCCUCAGCUUGACCCGCAUCGCUGGCGACCUGGACGCCAAAGUCACCGUCUACCAGCUGCCCUGCACAGACGUAACAGAGAGCGGAGAGGAGAUUUUGCUUCCUCACAUCGUAGGGAUCCAGAGCCCCAACCAAAUGGAGCUGCUGGCUGAACAUAAUCCCAACAAGCCGGUGUUUGUGGAGGGGCCCUUCCCUCUGUGGCUGAGAAAGACCUGCGUUCACUACUACGUCCUCAGAGCCGACCCCACGCCGCCUGAAGAGAAGGUGGAGGAGCCCUACGACCCAGAGAGGUGUUUGGACUAUCCUCUGCAGCUGGACCUGGACCUGGAUCGUGACUUCGGGGACGACGAGAGCUUUGACGUGGAAGACUUGGAUGAGGGUCCGGUCUUCGCCAUGUGUAUGACCAGUCAGGGAGACCAGACCACCCUCAACCAGUGGAUCUCCGGCCUCCAGGAGAACAAUCCCAUCCUGGGUCAGGUCCCCACCCUGUUCCGUCUGGAUUCUGGACCUCGGGAACUGCGAGGAGCAGCCGGCGCCGAGCCGGGCCAAGUCCAACAGGCAGGUCCGGAAAACCCGGAUCCUGGAGAAGAUGCUGAGGUUGUAGAGGAGGACGAGCCGAGGAGGAGCCAUGGAAUGAAGCAAUGAACUCCUACAGGAGAAAACCCCCCAUGACUCCAUGUUUCUGAUGCACAUGUCCAUGAGCUCCUGCUUUAUUUAACCCGAGGAAACGAAG